UCAUGUCUGAAGGAGAAGCCAAGCAGGUUCCCAGCAGUGGUUCAGACACAAAGCCAGAAUCCACAUCUUCUGGGCCAGGAAUGACCUCUGUGUCUCCACCAGUGACUUCUGCAGCUCCGGCAGCACCCCAGGAGGAGGAGGAAGAGGAGGAGAGUGAAGAUGAGUCUGAAAUCCUUGAAGAAUCUCCUUGUGGACGGUGGCAAAAGAGACGUGAAGAGGUGAAUCAGCGCAACGUCCCUGGGAUUGAUAGUGCCUACCUGGCGAUGGAUACAGAAGAAGGUGUGGAAGUUGUUUGGAAUGAAGUUCAAUUUUCCGAGCGCAAGAAUUUUAAGCUUCAGGAGGAGAAGGUUAAAGCUGUCUUUGACAACCUGAUCCAGCUGGAACACUUGAAUAUUGUGAAAUUCCACAAGUACUGGGCUGAUGUAAAGGAGAACAAGGCCAGGGUGAUUUUCAUCACAGAGUACAUGUCCUCAGGCAGCUUGAAACAGUUCCUGAAGAAGACAAAGAAGAACCACAAGACAAUGAAUGAAAAGGCCUGGAAGCGCUGGUGCACCCAGAUCCUCUCUGCUCUAAGCUACCUCCACUCCUGUGAUCCCCCAAUCAUCCACGGCAACCUGACCUGUGACACCAUCUUUAUUCAGCACAAUGGACUGAUCAAGAUUGGGUCAGUGGCACCAGACACCAUCAACAACCAUGUGAAGACGUGUCGUGAGGAGCAGAAGAACCUGCACUUCUUUGCCCCAGAGUAUGGAGAAGUCACCAAUGUCACCACUGCUGUGGACAUCUACUCCUUCGGGAUGUGUGCGCUAGAGAUGGCAGUGCUGGAAAUCCAGGGUAAUGGUGAGUCAUCCUAUGUGCCCCAGGAGGCUAUUAACAGCGCCAUCCAGCUGCUGGAGGACCCCUUGCAGAGGGAGUUCAUUCAGAAGUGCCUGGAGCUGGACCCUGGGAAACGUCCCACUGCUCGGGAGCUCCUCUUCAACCAAGCUCUGUUUGAGGUGCCCUCCAUGAAGUUACUGGCCGCUCACUGUAUUGUUGGACACCAGCAUAUGAUUCCUGAAAACGCUCUAGAAGAAAUGACCAAAAACAUGGACAUGAAUGCAGUGCUAGCAGAGAUCAACCACACAGACAGGGAGGGGGUCAAGAUGAUCUUCUCCCAGUCCCCAGCACUGGAGCUGGACAAGUUCCUGGAGGAUGUGAGGAACGGCAUCUACCCACUCACAGCCUUUGGGAUGCCUCGGCCCCAGCAGCCCCAGCAGGAGGUAGUGAAGUCCCCCAUUGUCCCCCCGUCAGUGAAGACCCCAACGCCAGAACCUGCUGAGGUGGAGACCCGCAAGGUGGUGCUAAUGCAGUGUAACAUUGAGUCAGUGGAGGAGGGAGUCAAGCACCAUCUGACAUUGCUGCUGAAACUGGAAGACAAAUUGAAUCGACACUUGAGCUGUGACUUACUGCCCAGUGACAAUACCCAGGAGCUGGCAGCUGAGCUGGUGCAGCUGGGAUUCAUCAGUGAGGCCGACCAGAGCAGACUCAGCUGUUUACUUGAAGAGGCGUUCAGCAAGUUCCACCUUGCCCGGAACGGAGCCCUGACGGCGGUGACCGUGUCGUCCUAGCAGCCCCUCCAGGCUGGCUGGCGUUGCUUAGUUGCCCGUGACCCUUUUCUGAGUCUGUCCAUCUGUGUAGGCACCAGCAAGACCCUAGACGCUGCGCUUGGAAGCUCAUCCUGCAUGUGCCGUCGCCAGGCCCAGCGACAGUCUGCCCUGCCUACCUAUUAAAGGGGACUUUGCGAGUC